AUGUCUUAUUACAAUAGAUACAGAAAUAGAAGAAGACCUGAUUCAGCUGGUGGUGCCGGUAAUGGUGCCGGAAAUGCUGGUCCAGGUAAUGCUGGAAACCCAAUGCAAGCAGGGUUAGGAACUCCUGAUGCCAUCUUCGAUAUCGGUAAGAACAAAAGAGUCACGGUCAGACAGUUUAGAAAUGUCAAUUUAAUAGAUAUCAGAGAAUACUAUUUAGAUAACUCGACUGGUGAAAUGAGACCUGGUAAAAAGGGUAUCUCUUUGACUGAAGAUCUGUACGAUGAAUUCUUGAAGCAUAGAUUGAAUAUCGAUGAGGCAUUGAGAAGACUAGGUUCAAAAAGACCAAGAACUAAAACCGUCCUAUUGGAAUCCGACGAUGAAGAUGAAGUUAAUACCGAGACUUCGAAAGACAAGGAUAAAGAAAAUGGCAAUGAUGCUUCAGAACACAAAGAGAAGAAGAGAAAAUUGAAAGGUGACAAGAAGCAACCUGCGGAACCUUCAAGAUUGAUCACUGAAGAAAAGAAACAUAUGGAUGAGCGUGAAGCUAAUGCAACUUUGGUUGUUCCAGGUUUGAAUAAAAAGCAAGAUUCGACCCCAGAAGCUGCUACUCCUCCUCCUCAACAACCAUCUACAUCUCCAGCCACUGAUUCUGCUGUUGUUGUUACUGCUUCUGCUGAUUCUGCUGCUGCUGCUACACCUGAUCCGGAACCAGUAUCUGUACCAGAACAAAUACCCGAUGAGACUGCAGUCAAGGUCAAGCACGAAACCACAGAAGCUGUUCAAAUUGAACCUCAAGAGGACAAUUCAAGUGAUGAAGAAUUCGCAAAACAUUUGGACGAUGAGAUGAAUAAAGCUGAUGAUGAUGUCAGUGAAGAAGAAUAA